CCGCUCUCAGUCUGAGAGGGGCAGCACUGAAGCAAGAAGCCGGUCACAGCUCCCGCAGCCCCCCGCUUAGCCUCAGAAAUGAACAACAACUUAGUCGGAGAUGAAGUCGGGAAACUUUUUGUGGGUGGGUUGGACUGGAGUACCACACAAGAGACGCUGAGAAACUACUUCUCACAAUACGGGGAAGUGGUGGAUUGUGUCAUCAUGAAGGACAAAACUACAAAUCAGUCGCGAGGCUUUGGCUUUGUCAAAUUCAAAGACCCCAAUUGUGUACGGACAGUGCUGGAGACAAAGCCGCAUAAUCUCGAUGGAAGAAAUAUUGACCCGAAGCCAUGCACUCCCAGAGGAAUGCAACCUGAAAAGUCUCGGACCAAGGAGGGCUGGAAGGGCAGCAAAGCCGAUAGCAAUAAAUCAAAGAAGAUAUUUGUAGGUGGAAUCCCCCAUAACUGCGGCGAGCCUGAACUCAGGGACUAUUUCAAUAGAUUCGGAGUGGUCACAGAGGUGGUAAUGAUCUAUGAUGCAGAGAAGCAGAGGCCCCGAGGUUUUGGAUUUAUUACUUUCGAGGCCGAACAAUCAGUGGACCAGGCUGUCAACAUGCAUUUUCACGACAUCAUGGGCAAAAAAGUGGAAGUAAAGAAGGCUGAACCUCGUGACAGCAAAGCUCCUGGCCAGCUUGGCCCUGGCCAGUGGGCACCCAGGGGCAUCUUGAGUGCAGCUAAUGGUUGGACAGCACAGCCUGCCCACGGCUGGCAACAGCCUUACGGGCCACAGGGCGUGUGGGUGUCAACUACCGGCCAACCCAUAGGUGGGUAUGGACCUCCGUUAUCAGCAGGCCGGGGAACCCCCACACAGCCUCCGUCACCUUUCAGCGCAUUCCUAGUCACAACCCCAGCGGGCAGCUUCGCUGCACCUCAGGGCUACCCUCAACAGGGCUACAGCACAGCACCUCAGUUUGGUUACAGUUUUGGCACACCCCAAGCAGACCAGUAUGCUCCACAGGUUCCUCCUCCGCCCACCACUCCAGGAACUGCACCGCUGGGCUUUGCUCCCGCCACCACACCAACUCAGGACUUGAGCAAAGCUCCCACUGGGCAGCCCGACUUCUCUUAUAGCCAGUAUGGCUUGGGUAACUACCCUCAGGACCCCUCUGCCUACGGACCAACGCGUCCUUCUCACAGUUAUGGUCAGGAUGAGCAGGGAGGAUAUAGUGCAGGAUACGGUCAGGACCUGACGGCAUUCGGCCACACGUUCGCAGACCCCAACCAGCAGACGGCCUCAUACGGGGCACCGACAGCACAGCCCGCCACCGCUCCACAGCCCGCCGCCAGUGCAUUCGGUAGAGGGCAGAACCACAACGUACAGGGCUUCCACCCGUAUCGACGCUGACCGCGACUUCUGGGGCAAGGCCGCCGUGUAAAGUUGAAAACAAAAACAAAAACAAAAAAAGUCAGGGAAAAAAUGUGUGUUCUCGCUAAAAAGCAAAACUGGAGUUUGGGAUUUGUUCGAUGGGAAUGUUGACUGCACACAGUUUGUGAAACAGAAACCUUUGUGAAAGCAGGUAUUCCAGUAAAGUUAAAAAGGGGUGUAAAAAAAUCCCCAGGGGUUGUUUUUGUUUUUUUUUUUUUAAAUUGCAUAACUAAAGGAACAUUCAGCAGAAAGAAGCUUUUAUCCUCCACCCCCCACCCCAUGUUUUAUAGUAGAACUUAACUACUUUGCAAUAAUUUUGAUUGUCUGGUCAAACACUAGCACAGAGACUAUAUGGAAAGAGACUUGCAUAUAAAUAUGUAUAUUUAUGGUGGACACAAAUGAAAACAGGGUUUCAAGUUUCCUCAGCUUUAAAUUCUAGGGAAAAAUGUUUUUAUUUUUCAUUUGGUGAAUUUUGUUUACUUUCUGAGCCUUUAAAGUUUGUUUAAAAUGGAGAUUAUGAAUAUAUAUAUUAUACACAAACUGUGCAAUUUUUUAAAAAGAGAAUUUUGUACUAUAAAUGUACACUUUGCUUGUUUUUUUAUUUAAAGAUGUAGACUUCCCUCAGGUGGCUGUUUUGGGUGCAUUUUGCACUUAUGCAAAAAGAAAAAAAGGACAAAUUAUUACAAAAAUAAAUGUUUU